AUGUCUUUCCGCUUCGAUUUUUCGCUUGCUGACCUGGAGAAAGAAACAGCUUCAUUAAACGAAAAUGCUGGAAACAACACUCAAACGACAAUUCCGCAAAAUAGCGCAUCGAAAAUAAUUCCUUCAGGGGAAUUAUUUAUCACAGACCUAGACAUACUUCCACAAAAUUUAAUGGUUGAACGAGUCAAUUUCUCAAUAAAAAACGUGGAGCUUUACAAACGGCACCUCUCUGACGUCAAAUUUCAAAUAGCGCAAGAUGAUGAAUUAGAAGAGCGCGAGACUGAUCAACCUUCAUGUAGUUCGGCAAAAAUUCUGGAAUUGGCUGCUGAAAAUGAUGUGGUUCAAGGCGUCUAUGAAGGCGGGUUGAAAACGUGGGAAUGCUCCAUAGACCUGGUUGAAUAUCUUUCAACCAUUGUAAAAGAUAUCAAUCUCACCGAUAAAAAAGUUUUGGAGCUUGGUUGUGGUUCGUCAUUACCAAGCAUCUAUUUACUUUCCACUGAAGAAUCUCUCCACGUUGAUUUUCAGGAUUACAAUGAGCAGAUAUUAAAAUUGGUCACAAUACCAAACAUACUCAUAAAUACCAUUCUUCGCCCACAGAAUGUUGAUGUUUUUUAUGAUGACAUAACAGAAUUAGAUGUUUCAGAUGAGAAUAAAUGUUUGGAUCAAUUGAAACGUAGUCGAUUUUUUAAAGGAGACUGGGGUGAUUUAUUGGAUGUGAUGAAGUAUCAUGAUAAUCAAGAGAAAUACGAUAUUAUUCUCUCCUCGGAAACUAUCUAUAAUGCAGAUUCCAUUCCAAGAUUAUAUAACGUUGUUAAAAACGUUUUAAAGCGGCCUAAUGGUGUGGCAUAUAUUGCAGCUAAAAAUAUUUAUUUCGGCGUAGGAGGUGGAGUCUUGCCAUUUCGUCAUAUUGUUGAACGGGAUAAUUUGUUUAAGAUUAGUGUUGUAUAUACGGCGUCUGCGCAUGUCAAAAGGGAAAUAUUGAAAUUGACAUUUUUGGAUUCUCUUUAA